AAAAUAGUAGGAACACUCUUUCAUCAAAUUCUUCUUCUUCAAAGCUCCAACCUUUGAAAUCAACAAUGCCCGGAUUAUCCUGCACCAAGCUGACCCUCUUCACCGUCGCCGGAGUCGCAAUCCAACUCGUCGGCCUCUCUCUCUUCGUCUUCGGCUUCUUCCCCGUCAAGCCUACCCUUCCUGGCCACAGUGGUCCGGAGAGUUUUGAAGAACCCACUUGCAAUUCAAAUCGAAAUGAGAGCCAGAGUGAUGUGCCUCCUCAUCAGCUCAGGUCACUCUAUAAGGAACUAUCUGGAAUCCCACCUGCAUUUGACAGGCUUAUACUGAUGGUUAUUGAUGGUCUUCCGGCUGAGUUUGUUCUAGGCAAGGAUGGUGAGCCUCCAAACAAGAACUUGAUGGAGGCUAUGCCGUAUACUCAGUCACUGCUUGGAAAUGGGAUGGCAGUUGGGUACCAUGCUAAAGCCGCACCUCCAACUGUUACAAUGCCACGUUUGAAGGCUAUGGUUUCUGGAGCAAUUGGGGGAUUCCUUGAUGUGGCUUUGAAUUUUAACACACAAGCUAUGGUGGAUGACAAUCUUCUGGGCCAGUUUUUCAAGAUUGGGUGGAAAAUGGUGAUGCUCGGUGAUGAAACAUGGCUCAAGUUGUUUCCAGGAUUAUUUAUGAGGCAUGAUGGAGUCAGCAGUUUCUUUGUCAAAGAUACAGUACAGGUGGAUCAAAAUGUUUCUCGACAUCUCAGUCAUGAGCUUAGCAGAGAUGACUGGGAUUUUCUGGUCAUAGUAAGUGACCAUGGCAUGACUGAGAGUGGUAAUCAUGGAGGGUCCUCAUAUGAAGAAACAGACUCCUUAGCACUAUUUAUUGGCCUGAAAAAUGAUGUCUCUGAUUAUUUGUCGUCUACCCAUAACAAUAUUUACCAGGUUGACAUUGCACCAACUUUAGCUCUACUAUUAGGCGUGCCAAUUCCAAAGAACAAUGUUGGUGUCCUGAUUCCAGAAAUCUUUGGGUCUUUGAGUGAAGACCAACAGCUGAAGGCACUGGAGCUGAAUUCCUGGCAAUUACUUAGAUUAUUGCAAGCACAAAUACCUGGUUUAUCAUGUCGAAAUCAUCCAUAUGAUGGCUCAGGUGGUGAUCAAGAGUCCAGAAUAACCAAGUGUUAUGGGAGUAUUGAAAGGAUAUGCUGCUGCUUAUAUACAAAUGCUGCUCUUCUCAAAAAGUCCUGGAUGUCUAAGGAAGUCUCCAGGUAUAAUAGUAGGAAAGACUACACCAGCAGUGUUGCAGCAUACUAUGAGUUUCUGAGAACUGCAAGUGAGUGGCUAUCACGCAGAGCAACUGAUAAACCUGUAAGCCUGCUUACUUUUGGCAUAGUGGCAAUGCUCCUAUCUUGUCUGAUACUGUUAAGCCUUCUGUUUCGCAUCUACAAAGAAGCCCACACUAGAGAGAUGCAAUGUCUUUUUGACUUGAAGAGCAUCAUGCAGACCUGGUGUCUAGAAGAGACUUUUGUAUUGGGUGUUAUAAUGAUUCUCAUUGUAUGUAUGACAUCAAGUUCUUUGGUAGAGGAAGAGCAGUAUAUUUGGCAUUUCAUGGCUUCCACAUUGCAGUUGAUAUGUUUGCGUAAAGCAAUGCAAAGUAGUGUACAUAGUUAUUCCAAGGGACAAAACAAGAGAAGUGGUCUUCAAAUGAGUUCCGUCUUUGUGCUUCUCAUUUCUGGGAGGAUAUUGAGAGGUUGGCACCAAGGCGGCGUGAAUUGGAUUAAUCUUCCUGACAUAUCCAAGUGGCUUGAGCAGGCUGGGAACAAUAAUGUAAAAUCAGUUCAGCUAGUCACAUGCCUUCUAGUGAUCGCCUUAAGCUUCUACGCUCUCUUUUUAUAUGGAUCAAACAAAAAUAUAGUUCUGGUCAUUGGAUUUAGCUUUCUUAUGUCUGGGUUGUUGGUUUUGCAACAUAUCCUCAAACAUCAGGAUGAGAUGUUUGGGGCAUCCAGUCACAGUUCUACUGCAUUGGUACAAAUGAUUUAUGCAGUCCUGAGUGUUUCCACAAGUGGGACAGUUAUUUCCUUGCCAUGGCUUGUACCAAUUUCAAUAUCUGAGACCUACUUGAGUCAUGAUGCGUAUAUGUCGACAUCUGCUCCCAGUGAAGUCCAGAAUAAGUCACUGCUGGUGCAGUUGAGAGAAUGUUUAUAUGUAAUUGGGUGGGCAUACAUAUCCUGCUGGUGUCUUCUGCAGCUUUUGCUCCAACAGACAGUUAACUCAAUGCCUAUACUCCUGCUACUUGUGCAAACUUUGGCCAGCAUGAUGUAUUUUUCGUAUAAUGGGCGGCACCACAAGCAGUGGGUUGAGGUUUCUGCAUUUUACUUUUUGGGAAUGGCAGGCCAUUAUGCUUUAGGGAACAGCAAUUCUCUAGCUACUAUUGAUGUUGCCGGAGCUUUUAUUGGCAUCUCAAGUCACUCGACAGUACUUUCUGGAAUUUUAAUGUUCAUUAUCACCUAUGCUUCCCCAAUGCUAUUUAUUCUUAGCAUGGUGAUGUAUAUCUCUUUGAAGGAUACAAGCUAUUUCAUAUCUCCGUCUGAUGCAGAUUCAAGACAACUACUCAAAAUGAUUAUUGGCUUUCCUUGUCUAGUUCCACUGGGCUUGGACUCCAUUCUAUUGACAGUGUACACCAUCGUAUUGUUGGUUAUGAGGAACCAUCUUUACAUUUGGAGCGUCUUUUCUCCAAAGUACAUUUAUGUUUGUACUACCACCGUAUGUGUAUACAUUGGGGUCUCUGUUGUAGCUGCAACUGUGACAUAUGCAUAUUCGGUGCUGGGGUUGAGGAUAAAUAAGCAAUUUAAGCUUAGCCAUCAGCAAUAAUAUAAGAUAGAGCUCAGCUGCCAAACACUGCCACUUUCUUUUUUGUAAACCAAUGUACACAGGCCAUUUUUCUUACA